ACCACAAGACACGUGAGUGAAACAAAGCCAAACAUCUCUGAAAUUAUCCCAAAAUUUAAAGAUCAGUCCAAUCUGGGCAAUUUUUGGCUUUAAUACGGAGUUGGUUCAAUAAAAUUUGAGAUCAAAUGGUCCGAACGGCCCAAUUCUAACGGGUCGGGAGUUAUCCUAGAGAAAAGCCCGACAUCUCCCCGGUCGAGUUGUCAAUUGUAAACUUCCGUCAAUACAAAAAGAAUCCACAACUCGGUAGUCACCAUGGCAGGUGGACAAUCUGAGAGAGAAGACAAGGUCUCACUAGAAACCACUGAAGAAAUCCUACAAAGCAUGGAAGUCGGCAUGACAUUUCGCGACUAUAGUGGUAGAAUCAGUUCGAUGGAUUUCCAUAAGACAUCAAAUUAUCUGGUGACGGCCAGUGAUGAUGAGUCCAUACGUCUAUAUGAUGUUGCAAAUGCAACAUGUUUGAAGACUAUUAAUAGCAAAAAGUACGGGGUCGAUCUGGUUAGCUUCACUUCUCAUCCUACGACUGUGAUAUACUCCUCCAAGAAUGGGUGGGAUGAAUCUCUGCGACUUCUUUCAUUGCAUGACAACAAGUACUUGCGGUAUUUCAAGGGUCAUCGUGACAGAGUCGUUUCUCUUAGCUUAUGCUCUAGAAAAGAGUAUUUCAUCUCUGGCUCGCUUGAUCGAACUGUUCUACUUUGGGAUCAAAGAGCUGAGAAAUGCCAGGGCCUUCUUCGAGUGCAAGGAAGACCAGCUACUGCUUAUGAUGAGCAAGGCCUUGUAUUUGCUAUUGCCUUUGGAGGAUAUAUAAGGAUGUUUGACACACGCUAUUAUGAGAAGGGACCUUUUGAAAUUUUCUCUGUUGGUGGACAUGUAUCUGAUGCUAACACCGUUAAGUUCAGUAAUGAUGGGAGACUUGUGCUUUUGACAACUAUGGAUGGGCAUAUUCAUGUGCUUGAUUCGUUCCGUGGCACACUUUUAUCAACGUAUAAUGUACAGCCUGUUCCAAGUAGUUCAACGCUGGAGGCAUCUUUUAGUCCAGAAGGAAUGUUUGUUAUAUCAGGAUCAGGUGACGGUAGUGUCUAUGCUUGGAGUGUCCGGAGUGGCAAAGAAGUAGCCAGUUGGAUGAGUACAGAUACUGAACCACCUAUGAUCAAGUGGGCUCCAGGAAGCUUAAUGUUUGUGACCGGCUCUUCUGAGCUUUCAUUUUGGAUCCCAGACUUGUCAAAACUGGCAUCUUUUGUGGGAAGAAACUAGAGGAAGUUCAUUCUGUUGUCCAUGAGUUGGGAAGUGAUAGAACAAGGCCACCAAAACCAGUUGGAUUGUGCCUCCUGAGCAUUGUCUGCAUGAUGUUAAGGUUUUGACAGAUCAUAAUGCAUGCUCCUCACAGUGCUUUCUGAAGUAGAACACUGACGAUCAGUGGCGUGGAGUUGACAGGUUUUGCUCUCAGUUGUGUUUAUAGCAUUAGGUGGUGCUCUGAAAAUAUAUGCGAAAUGCUUUGAGCCAUAACCAUACCCCCAAAAUAUGAACCAACUUGCUUGACAAGAAAUUGUUCAGCGCUAUAUAUUGGCGACAAUUAUGGAUGAUACCUCUGCUCUAAGUAGUAGUCAUAAGUUCAUCAUUGUGGUGAUCUAUUUUUGUCAGGAUCCCUCUUUCUAUCUCUUUUCUAACCCCGUCAUUCUCUGAAACAUGCUAUUGCAGCCUAUACGGAUAUUUUGAUGUCCAUAGUUGUUGAAUGAAAUGGUUGUAUAAUACAACAACAACAACAUCAUACCAGUGUGGUCCCACAAGUGGGGUUUGGGAGGGUAGAGUGUAUGCAGACCUUACCCGUACCUUGUGUGAGCCUGUGAGGUAGUGAAUAAAUGGUUGUUAGAACUGGCGAAAGAAAAUGAACUCUUUUAAGAACACUUGCCCCAGUUAUUAGCCUGACAGGGCAAAUGGUAAAGUCUUUAGGUGUUUCAGAUAAGUUCUUGAGUUUGAGCGAUACUUUAGCCUGAUCAUGUUUACUUUAUCUGGAUAAGGGUAGAACCCUUGGCUCAUCUAACCAAGCCUAUGUCAUUGAAAUCUGUAGUUUAUAAAGCAAAUUGGGGAGUCUAGAUUCCAUAGAAGGUAGGACAGCUUUUGGUAGUUUGUUCUUGAGCACUUAGCUAUAAUAUGUCUAUGUACUAUUAUCCAAGGUUGUAACCUAGUGAUCAAUGAAGUGGGAGAAGGGUCAUAAGUCAGUUUCAAAUCGCACCAGCUGCAAAAAACACUAGGUGAUUUCCUUACAUCUGCCUAAGUCUUGGUUGGCACCGGAGGUGUUAACUGGUGGAAUGUCAAGGUAAAGUCUUGGUGGGCACUGCACAGAAUUAACCGGUGGAAUAUCGAGCUACAUACAAGCUAAACCGGGCCACAGUCAUCCAAAAAGAAAUUCUAUAUGCAAUUAGUUCAGGAACUGGCAAGAUACUAUGUGUUUAGAACAUUAACAAGCACUGCAGUAGUUCAAAUGUCAGAGAGCUAACGUCUCCAUUUUCUUCCUUUCUUUUGCUUACAAGUCCGCUUGUGAAUGCUGCAUAAUAUCCUGGUUCUAUCAUAGUACCAUAAUGACAAUAGUUCGUUGAAAGCUCGACCUUAUCUUUCUCUCCCCAAGGCAGGCUCGUGAAAGAUAAAGAUACCUCUCUUUUUUGCCGAAUGAUGCAACUUCGAGAAUAAAAGGACCCUUAUGAAUGCAGCAUAGUGUAAUAAGAUACCUCCCUUUUUUGCCGAAUGGUGCAACGUAGAGAAUAAAAGUCCCCUUAUGAAUGCUGCAUGGUGUAAUGGUUCUGUAAUAGCAUAAAUACGAAAAUAGCUUGUCGAAAAUA